GGCCGGACCGCGGGGUCAUUCCAUCUUGGCGGCGGUACCGUACCACAGCCGUCACUCUCGCAGACUCUUCAACCCAACCAACGACCAUCCGAAUUACAACCAUUAGUUCGGCACCAGCCACGGAGGAAGAAUAUACCUUUAAAAGGCGCAAUACAAUCGCAAAGUCGGACAGUCCGUUUCCGUCAGUCAAUAAGCUUUGACUUAGGUGGUGGUUGGUGUGUUGUGUGUUUUCGUAGUGCACUUGACCUAUACGUACGGAGAAACUGGUUUAAGGCUCCAAGCACCCGACCAUUCAUGCUUUGUCUUCUGCCAGCAUCGGGAUAGAAGGUGCGAGACGAUUCUGGUACCCCCGUUCGUGAAGAAAGUCACAAUUUCCGAAGGAUAAGUAUCACAAGCUCAUCAACAUGUCGAAGGACUCAUCGUCGAUGAUAUGGGACUACCUGGUGUUCAUCAUUUUCGUGAUAGCCAGCAGUUUCGUGGCCGUCUAUUCCCGCUUCUUCGGCCCCAAGGAGAAAACGAAAGCCGACUAUGUCUUUGCCGCUGGAAAGGUCUCAAUGGCCGCCAUGAUGCUGAGCAUCGCCAGGGGCACGCUGGGCGUCCGAUCCUUUCUCGGUUACCCGUCCGAGCUGUUCUACAGGGGCAGCACCAUGUGGGAGACGCUCUACGGAAUGGUGCUCGCCUACCCGAUAGUGUGCUUCAUCUUCGUCCCCGUCUACUUCAGCCUCGGCAUCACUUCCGUCUACCAAUACCUGGACCUGCGAUUCAAAUCUAGACUGGUACGGUGCUUGGCCUCGGCCACCUACGUCAUCAGGCAACUGCUGAACCAGGGCGUCACCGUUUUCACCCCCUGCGUGGCCCUGAACACCGUCAUCGGCAUACCGUACUGGGCCUCGAUCGUCGGCAUAACCUUCGUCAGCAUCGUGUUCACGAUCUUGGGUGGCUUGAAGGCGGCUAUUUUGGCCGACGUCAUGCAAGGAUUGACGAUGAUCGCUCUCUCUGUGGCCAUCAUUUUCCAAGGGUGCUUCGAAGUUGGCGGCGUUUCGCAAGUAGUCACCAGAAAUUAUGAAGACGGAAGGCUCAACUUUUUCAACUUUGAUAUGGACCCAACAAUACGUGUGACAACCACAUCAGCUCUAUUCGGUCAACUAUUCAUGUCCUUGUCCAUUUUUGGCUGCCAACAAAACUUCGUCCAACGUUACUGCAGCAUGGACUCGCAGAAGAAAGUCACCAAGACUUUGAUGUGCAACAUCCCAGUCAUCACAGUCCUGUUCAGUUUAUCCUGGGUGGUGGGAAUGGUGGUGUAUGCCACUUACGCCAGCUGUGACCCCCUCAGUUCCGGCUACAUCGAAAAGUACGACGAAAUUUUGCCCUUCUACGUGGAGGACCGCUUUAGUUAUCUGCCGGGUAUGCUGGGUCUUUUCAUGGCCAGUCUCUUCAACGGCGCUUUAAGCUUGAACGUCUCGAACUUGAACUCCCUGGCCACGGUGACGUUCGAGGACUUCGUCCGCCCCAUCCCGUGCUUCAAGGGAAUGAAGGACAGCCACCAGUUGUGGGCCAUCAAGAUCAUCAGCGUGAUUCUGGGCCUCGUUAUCAUGUGCAUGGCCUUCGGCGUCGGUCUGUUGGACGGCGUCAUCGAAUCCUCCAUGCUGGUCACCUCCGCCACCUCCGGACCGUUGCUCGGCGUCUUCAUCAUGGCCCUCCUGAUCCCCUGCGCCAACUGGAAGGGCGCUUCUGCCGGCGUCAUUUCCGGUCACAUCGUGACUUUGUGGAUAACAUUUGGAGGGCUCACGGUCACCAAACCGCCGGCCACGCUUCUGCCCCUCAACACGAGCGGAUGCAGCAACACCUCCUUCAACGACCACAUCCUGAAGCCGGAGCAUCAGAAGAUUUUCAACGUUCCCGUUACCACUCCGGCGCCCAUUUUCGACGAGGUUUUGUCGCAACAGAAUCAAGACAAUCCCUUAGCCGACAUCUACUCCAUCACAUACAUGUACUAUUCGCUGAUAGGUUGCUUCAUCACAAUCACCGUUGGGUGGAUAAUUUCCUGCCUUACCGCCAGCGAAAACGACAUCUACGACUCGGAACUGGUACAUCCCAUCGCGCGUAAGAUGGCGGAGGUGUUCCCAGGCAAGAAACGAAAGUAUGUGGAAAAGGUGAUGGAAGAUCGCGCCAACAAAACGGGACCGACGUUGACCAACGCCGUCUCGUUCGAAGGCAAAAAGAACGGCACCUUGAAUCCCAGCUUCCAGUCCGAAUCGACGAUGGACAUGCCCGAAGUGGUUCACAGAACGAAGUUGUGAUUCACCGAUGGCAAUCGUCAAUUAGCGACAAUGGACAAUAAAAACAGUGCCCCCAGGGCGUAAUCUGUGAUCUCUAGCUCGUACUAGCUCGUGUGAAAUGUUUUUUACUUAAAACGGUCGCUUUACAUGCGAAGCACCGAACAAUUGCUAUGUAGUUUAGAAAAUUAUUUUUGUAUAUUAAGUAGUUAAUGUUAUUUAUUCUCUUAUUAACACCUCGUACAGUACGUUAAUCAUUUAAUAGAUGAGUGUAGGUCACAUAUAUAUAGUUCCUAUACUUCGCAACCAAUAGGUUAGCAUGUAAAUAGUUCUUUUUUUAUAAUGUGUAACUUCAUGGGAUUUGAGGCGACAGUGAAAGGAGACACGUGUACCAGUAUUAUCUUCUUACCUUUCAAAGGAUCUAACUCAACGAGGAUACUCUUCAGUAGUCGAAUCUUAAGGUGCUAUCCAGUGUACUUAACAAUUUCAAAAGCGUUGUUUUUAUCUAGGUUACUUUAAGUUAGUUAGUCUAGGAUUUAGGUUUAAGGAUAGUUUUAAGUACUAUAUAUUUUUGAUUAUAAAGCGCACAAGUGCGAUGUAAUUUAUAACCAUUUAUAUUAAAUGUACUGCAAAAGAAAAACAAGAUGUCUAGUAGAAACAAAUAAUUUUA